GCACAAGAGGUUUGAGCUUCCAGGUUUUUAUACUAAGAGGAUCAUUUCAGAGUCCCCAUCAUUGAGGGAGAAGGAGGAGUCCAGAGGAGGAACACUGGGAAGAAUAAAACCACCUCCUGGAAGACAGAGCUGCUGACAGCUGAUAAGGGGAGAUCCUUGCCAGCUUCACUCAUCUCCAACAUCAGUUUAGCUGCAGAGGCAUAGAAGAACCAAAUCCAGCACAGUUUGCACCAUGAGCAACAAAUACGACGUGGUUGUCAUAGGAGCUGGCAUUUCAGGUCUCUCAGCAGCUAAAUUGCUUGUAGACUUGGGACUGAGUGUAGUCGUGCUAGAAGCUCGAGACAGAGUUGGAGGACGAACUUUCACUGUGAAGAACAGCAAAACAAAAUAUGUGGAUCUUGGUGGUGCUUACGUAGGACCGACUCAGAACAGAAUUUUAAGAGUCGCCAAAGAACUUGGAGUAGAGACAUAUAAAGUAAAUGAAGAGCAACAUCUCAUUCAUUAUGUAAAGGGCAAAUCGUAUCCCUUUAAAGGUCCCUUCCCUCCAAUGUGGAACCCGAUUGUCUAUUUAGAUUACAAUAAUCUCUGGAGGACCAUGGAUGAAAUGGGAAAAGAGAUCUCUAAUGAUUCUCCAUGGAAUGCACCACAUGCUGAGGAAUGGGACAAAAUUACAAUGAAAGAACUAAUUGACAAGUUAUGCUGGACCAAUACAGCCAAGAAGUUUGCAACACUUUUUGUGAACGUCAAUGUAACAUCAGAACCUCAUGAAGUUUCAGCGCUUUGGUUUUUGUGGUAUGUAAAGCAAUGUGGAGGAACUACAAGAAUUUUUUCAACAUCUAAUGGUGGGCAGGAGAGAAAAUUUGUUGGGGGAGCAGGACAGAUAAGUGAAAAGAUGGCAGAACGUUUACAAGGUCGAGUUAAACUGCAGAAGCCUGUAAUGCGCAUAGAUCAAUCAGCAGAAAAUGUUACCAUAGAAACUGUUGACCACGAAAUAUAUGAGGCCAAAUAUGUCAUCAGUGCCAUUCCACCCACUCUUUGUCUUAAAAUUCAUUUCAACCCUGGUUUGCCUCCACUAAGGAAUCAGCUUAUAAAUCGUGUUCCAAUGGGCUCAGUAAUAAAGUGCAUGGUUUAUUAUAAAGAAGCCUUCUGGAGGAAGAAAGAUUUCUGUGGGAGCAUGAUUAUUGAAGAUGAAGAAGCACCAAUUGGUUUAACCCUUGAUGAUACAAAACCUGACGGUACAGUGCCUGCUAUAAUGGGAUUCAUACUCGCCCGAAAGUCAAGGAAGUUGGCUAAUCUUACAAAAGAGGAACGAAAAAGAAAGAUCUGUGAGCUGUAUGCAAGAGUAUUGGACUCAGAGGAAGCGCUACAUCCCGUGCAUUAUGAAGAAAAGAAUUGGUGUGAGGAACAGUAUUCUGGGGGUUGUUAUACAGCUUAUUUUCCACCAGGAAUCCUGACUCAGUUUGGAAGGGUUCUUCGGCAACCUUUUGGUCGGAUCUUCUUUGCUGGUACAGAGACAGCCACUGAGUGGAGUGGAUAUCUUGAAGGCGCAAUUCAAGCUGGAGAAAGAGCUGCAAGAGAGAUUUUAUUUGACCUGGGAAAAAUUUCAGAAAGUGAAAUAUGGAUAAAAGAACCACAAUCAAUGGAUAUCCCUGCCAUUCCAAUUUCAACAACAUUUUGGGAAAGAAACUUGCCAUCUGUGGGUGGUUUACUGACACUUGUCGGAUUCACAGCAGUUGUAACAUCAACAGUGGUUUUAGGUCUAACUGUUUACAAGAAAGGACUUCUCAUUCGGGAUUAACACUUGCUUCAUUUUAAGUAUAUGUUUCUAGUCUAAAAUUUCCAAAGUAUGAAAUAUCUCAAGAUUACAUCUCAUUUCAUAAUUGAACAGUUUAAUUUAUGGUUUAAGAAUUCCUAUGUACAGUAUAAUUUUCACUUCACAAAUGUCAUAACUUUAGUUGUGCAUUACCUAUAACCAAUUUCCCAUUGUUGAAAUUUUUUUUUUUUUUUAAAGGAAAUCCUAUAUGUAUUUUGUGAGGGUCUACAACAAACCACAUUAAGUUAGUAUUGAAGAAGUAGUCCCGUUUAGGGCAUUUAUAGCAUAUCCACAGUAUAUGCCAUGAAUGUCUUCUGAUAGAGGUAGGUCAUACCUAUGGGACCCACACCUAUCUCUAAAUUGAGUGUCCUGCUGUUUUGGAUUUCCCAACCGGCACCGUCCAUUGCAGGCAGACCAGACAGGGCAAGGGAGGCCCUUGAAGAUAAAAAAAAAAGUCACAAGCAGCAUGGCAACCAUUGUUUAAAAACCAACAUAGCUGCAUAUUUUUGCAAUGGUUGCUUGCAACUUUUUUCUACAGGUAAACAAUAAACUUAAUAAGUAAUGUCAUGUCUUUAGUAUAACAUUACUUAAAAGUACGUAAUUACCCUGGAACAUUUCACUUAUCAUAAGAUCCCAAAUACUAUAUAAUACAUUAUGUACAAGGAACAAUAUUUUGUACAUAUUUAUUUCAUUUAUCCAUUGUACACACAGCAAAAUUUAGUUUAAAUUUAAGAGUUCUUCAGUUCAGUAAAACGUAUCCCCUAUCCAAAGGAUAGGGGAUAAGUUUUUGAUUGCCCGGGGUCUGACUGCUUUGUAUAGGGGAUAAGUUUCACUGCACUGGAGUGCUACUUUUAGUCAGUAGAUUUUUUGUGUAACAAACACACUCUUAAAGGGGGAUUGUCUGAUGUUUUUACUCCUUUAAAAAAAAUGUUUUUAAAGUAACAACAUAUUGUUUAGAUUACAGAGAUAGCAAAGCUGCAUACACCUUUUUAACCUUUUCCCUGUAGUGCUACUAACAUCACCAUAGAGUUUUGUUCAGAAGAUUUUGGGUUGUGUUAUGUAAAAACCUUCUAUAGUCUAAUUUUGAAGAGUCACACAUUUGUUGAUACAUUUGAAUUGGAUUAGAACUCACUAUUUAUAAUCACAUUAUUUUUUUUUAUUGUUCUGAUUGUUAAUCGUUGUUCAUGCUAAUGACCUCACUUUGUUUUCCAAUUGUAGUCUUGACCGUUGAUAAUGAUGACUGUUAAAGAUACAGUACUGAUGUGCAGUACUUUUCUAACUUUUUUGUCCUAUACAAACUUGAUCUUUCCAAGAGAGUGAAACUUGAUAUAAUAAAAUUGUAAAAAGUGGAUAUAGUGGAUAGUGCACACAUGUGGGAUGUUUUGAAAUGUGAAUCUUUGAACAACAACCACACUUUGUUAACAUUAUUCAUUAAAAGGCUAGGGCUCCACCCUGUUGUCCCUAAGUUUGUGUAAAUAUAUAGACUUACUAAAACCUCAUUGUAACCCUAUAGAAAAAAGUCACAAGCAGCAUUGCAUGAAAUUCAAUAUAGUUGGAUUCUGUUGCAGUGGAUGUAUGGUUUCUUGCAACUUGUUUUUCUGCAUAGAUAAAUUGAAGCUGCAGCUUACUUGAAGUAAUUUCACAUUUUUAUUGAGACUCACAGAUGAUGUCUUGUCGCUGUGAAGCCCGAGCAUAAAAAAUAUAAAAUUACCUCAGAAAUUAAAUUUAUCAUGAGGUACAUCUUUUCAUGUAUCCCAACUACUGUUCUAUAAGUACAGUUUACAUAUUUUGUGCAUAUGUGUAUGUCGUGAGUGUGAAUGUCAGAGCUGUUUAUGGCAUCUGCAAUUUAUGAACACCCUAAUAUGGCUUUUAUAUAUUGAUAUGACAUCAAGUCAUGACCUUAAUAGCCUUGAUAGUCGCCCGUUUUACCAACACCACCUUGUCUGCUGAUGACAUCAGUGUGUUCAAAAUGUAAGUCUUGUUUGUACACAGUACUUUCUUAACCAAACUGUCCAUACUGUACAAGCUGGAACUUUCUUAAUGGGGUAUUCUGGCCUUAGACAUCUUAUCCCCUCUCCGUGCUCCCUCCCAUAGACAUGAAUGGAAAGUGCGUGGAAGUGAUGUCAGGUCUCGGGAGCAGUGCCUGUUACAGAAUGCAAGGGGGUGCAUGGAGAUCGCUGGGGUCCCAACAGCGGGACCCCUGCAAUCAGACAUCUUAUCCCCUAUCCUUUGGAUAGGGGAUAAGAUGUCUAAGGCCGGAAUACCUCUUUAAUGAGGCAAACUUGAAUUAUAUAAAAUGAGUGGAAAUAAAAAAAAAAAAUCAGUGCACAUAUCAAGGGGUGUUACAUUUACCUGUUUCUAUUGCCCUUUGUUGUUUAUUAAUAUAUAUUAACAAAAACAAUUCGGUAGUGGAUAUCUAUACAAGAACAUACGUUGUUGUGAUUUCUACAAGUUAUUGGAAGUCAAAGAUGCUGAUAGUAAAAUGAACAUUAAUUUAUUUAUAAUUACCUUAACAAAGUUCUGACUAAUUAUGUGCUUCACAAAUAAAUUCUACAAUAAAAUAAAGCGAUAGAACAUG